UUCGCGUUGACAGAGGCGGGGGGGGGAUUUGUGCGAGGUGACGGAUCGGCGGGUUUGAUGGUGUUUCCGAUGAUUUGGAUCCAUCUUUUAGUUGAUUUAAGAAAAACACAAGAGAAAUUUGCAACCGGCGCGUAGAGUCGACCCAGUUGACGCCUCUCCCGGCUCAGUUCCAGUGAGAGAGCCUCUGAUCCACCGCCUGACCGCUAAUCCGCCUCCCGGUUGGUGACGCGUCUCCGAGCGGCCGAUGUGGCUGUGAGAUGGGGGAGUGGUGGACAACCGCGCCGAUAGGGACGUCCGUAGGAAACUAUGAGAUCUCCAACAUAUCACAUGUGACAAUGUCCCCCUCGAGACAGAACAACGUUGCCUCAAUGUAUUCCUCUUUACCCCUGUCCUACAAUGUGAUCGGUGCCUUCUGCACAGAUGAUAAUAUUCCCCAGUGCAUUUCAUACAUCAAUCAGGAACUUGACACACUGGGUCUCUCUACAUGUAUCGAGGCCAGCUCACAGGGUGGAGCCAGCCUGAACUCGGUGCCGGCUCUGAAUGCCGUGUAUGAGCUAAUGCAGAUUCACCGGCGCCAUAGGUCUACUUUAGAGGAGCUCGAGAGGGAACAGCUCAAGAAAUCCAGCACCUUGGACCACAUACAGAUGAACAAUUCUAGACUCAAGGAUCAGUUGGAACUUUCCAUGAGGGAGAAAUCGGGUCUACACGAAACGGAGAGGCAGCUUCAACUCAAAAUUAAAACUCUGCAGAGCUGCUUGAAAACCGAAAAGGAUGAGGUUCAGAAGCUGCAGAGCAUCAUAGCCAGCCGUGCGUCUCAGUACAGUCACGACGCCAAGAGAAAAGAGAGAGAAGCUGCAAAGCUUAAGGAACGCCUCAGCCAGCUACUGGUUGAUCGAAAGGACAAGAAACUGGCCAUCGAUGUGUUGAAUUGUUUGGGACGGUCAGAUGGAAAAAGAAGCCACUGGAGGACCGCGAAAGCCACAGUCGGGCAUGAGGGUGAGAUGUACAAGUCCUUGCUCAAUGACUACGAGGCCAGUCAGCGGACUCUGAUGCUGGAGAACGCUGAGCUCAAGAAAGUCCUUCAACAGAUGAAGAAGGAGAUGAUCCAUAUCUUGAGUCCACGCAAGCCGUCUCCCAGAGGAGCCACUGCUGAUGACAGUCAGGAGCAGGUUGACUCAGACGGGGAGGAGAAGGCGGGUGAGUGUAGCCGGGAAACGCUGGACCAAUCCUGUGAGCACGCCAGGGAGCAGCUCGCCAACAGUAUCCGACAGCAGUGGAGGAAACUAAGGAAUCACAUGGAGAAGUUGGAUAGCCAAGCCUCGCUUGUGCAGAAUCAGCUCGAGUCCAAUCAGGAGUUGAUACUGAGGGAGACUCACGAGGAUGAGAUGGAGAGGAUGAGGCGGGAAGUGCAGCAGUGCAAAGAGUUCAUUCACGCACAGCAACAGCUCCUGCAGCAACAACUCAACACAUCUUUUGACGACGAGACGGCCGCUCUUCUCAACGACUGCUACACACUGGAGGAGAAGGAACGUCUCAAGGAGGAGUGGAGGCUCUUUGAGGAACAGAAGAGAAACUUUGAGAGGGAGAGAAAGAACUUCACAGAGGCCGCUAUUCGCCUGGGACGAGAGAAAAAGGCCUUUGAGGAGGACCGUGCUUCGUGGCUCAAGAAUCAGUUUUUGAACAUGACUCCGUUCACAGACCGAAGGAGGUGUUCCUCGUCCGAUGGUCAAAGUGCCUUAUCGAUCAAAAGUGAGCCAGAGAUGAGGAUGUCCUCUGCGAAGACCCCGCUGGUCAAAUCCUCAACCUACACUACGUUCUCCACUCCGAAACCUUCGCUAAGUGCUACUGUGCCAUCCACCACUGAACUUUACCGGUCACUCCGCCUGAUACCAGACAGCAGUUCCUCUAGACAUUCAAAUCGAGCACGCUGGCAAGAGUCCAGCAGCAUUGAAGAUGGAGAUGUCAAAUCAAAAAACAGAGUUCGAUCUGGAGAUUUGAGUAUCUUCUCUUUGGGUGAAGAUGAGAACAGCCUCACUUAAAGAACUUCCAGUGCCUUAUUUGUUGUGACUUUAUUUCGCAGUGGACUUUAAUCAAUCAAUCAAUUCAUGGUGGAAUUAUCUCCCCUGCACACUACUCAUUGCAGUAUUUUUGUUUUUUUGUUUCUUUAUGAAAAUUGACAUUCACCAAAGCUGAUCAAACAAGAAAGCACUUUAAAAAUAUUGCCAUUGUUAAUUUCUAUACAAAAACAGCAAUGAUUUAAAUGUUAAGCAAUAAUCCAAGGAGAUCUACCAAGUAGUGAUUUAAGCAAUCUUUUACGUGUGGAAUGUUUUAGUUUAGACUUUAAUGUUUACAUUCUAAAUUAUGAAUUUUAAUGGGAGCAUAUAUUGACAUAAGAUUGAUAAUGAUCUGGUAUGACGAUACAAUAAAGAGAUUUGUUUUUUUGUUUAAUAAAAUCUGUUCUCUUCA